GGAAGCCAAGCAAAGCUAUACAAAAAGUGCCUACUCGGUACUAUCGGUCGAAUUUUGAAAGAACUGGUUUUGUUUGACAAUGGAGAUUGACCCUAGUGAGAAUGACGUCGAGUUUACGGUUGCUCCCUAUCAGUUUGAGCUAAUUUUGGUGGCAACUGACGCAGAAAGCGAGGACAUAACAACAAGCGAAGAGGAAAGUGAAAGUGACAGCGCCGCCGGUAACGAGGCCCAUGUUCGACAAGUUGAUCAAUGGUGUGACUGUGGCCACUGUGAACAAAUGCCAACUGACUUGGAAUGUAGAUGUUGCUGCAGUUUCAAUCUGUGUCAGUAUAAGAUGGAACAGGACAACAUAAAGUGCAUCACAGAACAUGAAGGAUUCCAGGUGAAUUGCCUCAACAGACAUGUUCUGGAACUUUCAUUUUAUGAAUACCUUGAUAACGAUGGACCAAUUGGAGAUGAGGAGCCAGUUCAUGAGCUCUACCGUUACAUAGCAUAUCGCCGAUUUGUACGAUGGGUAUGGCACAGGCCUGGCAAGAAGAACAGAAAAGUACUCCCAUCAUGUGUGGUGCAGAAGAUCAGAAAGACCUUUCCAUCAGAGGAAUACACAGGGUUUCAAUAUCCAAGAGACUUAUUAGUUUGACUUUCGAAAUAUGUUUACUGUCUUUUGUUGAAGCGGGACCUGUAGUUUUUCACUGCUUCAGUAACAUCUACGCGGUUAGCACGGGCAGCUGGCAAAGGAGGACAGUGUGCAGAUUUUAUUUUCCUAGCUUUUUCAUAGGUUGGGAAAUCUUCCCUUAGACUGAAGGCUCGAUCGAAGAGCUCUGUGACAUAGUCUACAAGAAAUAGAACAAAGUAUGUAAUUAAAACAGGUCAGUGAAGUAAUAACUUACUAUUCAUAAUGCAAA